GCCAAAGUCCAAAAGUCUAAAAGUGCCAGCUGUUUAUUUAGAAUUAAGACUAAUGCUGAUUAUCUGAUAACUACGCAGGACAAUAAGAAAAAGAAAUCUACGUGUACUGGAUGAAAUCAAAGGUUACGAUAGUAGACUCAUCAUGAGUGAAUCGCAGUGUUGGUAAAUGAAAAUUAACAUCAGGACAAGUAAAGUCAACACUAAAGACUUUAAAAAUGGCCACAAGGGGGCGAUGGUGCAGAUCAAAGAUCGGGCAAACAUUUAUGAUCAUUCUUGUCAUUGGACUCGGACUAUUUGCUCUGAAUUAUUACGCUGGGGUUUCAUUUGUCAAACAUGAUGACAUCACAGAAGAGGAUUUGCAUAAUCGACAUCUAAUGGGACACAGACAUCGAACCCAUCAUAGACAUAAAAAAACACAUGUGAAAAGUAAGCCUACACAAAUCUUUGACGAUGAUUCCGGCCCAAUGUGUAAGGCUCCUAAAUUAGACCUUCAUCAUGACGCAAACAAAGGAGCGUUUAAUGAGCUCCCACAAUUACAAUGCAAUGGAGUUGAAAUCGCUAGAUUUAAAGAUAAGCAUAUUGCGCUCAGCAAAACAAUAUCUAAACAAGUAUCAAAAUGUGUUAUAAGAGGUAUAGAAAUGAAAGAAAACACAGACCAUUUUGAAUACAAGACUCCUGUCACAAUAACUAAUCUCAAAAGUCCAGUUAAAAUUUUGGAUGAUUUCGUCAGAAUUGACUGCUAUGAACAUGGCGAGAGUGACGAUCAGUACCAGAAUGAUGUGCAUAAAACUCGGGAAUUAAAACAACUUGACCAUAUCUCAAUGCCGAAUCUUCUUGUUCCCGAUGUCAAGCAAAAAUUGAAUAAGAUAAAUACCAAUCAUAAUGAAGGGCAAAAAGUGGGUGAAUUCCAUUCACCAAACAAGCAUAAUAUCGGGAGACAUGCCAAAAAGCAAGCAAAAACAAUCCAAAAGGGAGCUCUUAAACACGACAAUCAAGUGAUAACAAAACACAAACAACCAAAAGUUAAACAAGCCAAACAAAGUCCAAUAAACACACAAAAAGAAGCAGUUUCAACAAGGAAAUUACAAUCGAAAAAUAAUCCCUCAAAAUCGUCUGGAGUCAUUACCCAAUUCCUGACCCAGGUUAACAUUGAACAAAAACAUUUGGAACAAUUACAUGAAAUAAAGUCUGAAUCGGAUUUAAGAACCAAAGAGUCGCUGGAUAUGAACGUGUUAAUUUUCGCCAUUGACUCUAUGUCUCAGCUGAGCUUCCAGCGCAAACUACCGCUUACAUAUCGAUUCAUGAAGGAUCGACUCGAUAGCGUUAUGUUGAAUGGAUAUAAUAUGGUCGGAGAUGGAACAGCAGGUUCUCUAGUUCCAUUAUUAACAGGUAAAGCCCUAACAGAUCCAAAGGUACCAGAAACUCGGAAGAACAAACUUGGAACAUCAUAUGUUGACAACUUUGAAUUUAUUUGGAAUAAAUAUGAAACGAAAGGUUACGCAACUCUGUUUGCCGAGGACAAUCCCCAUCGUGGUGCUUUUAACCUUGAAUUCAAUGGCUUUGAUACUCAACCCACAAUGCAUUACAUGCGGCCAUUUUGGUUAGCUACGGAGGAAUCGGAUUUGCAGAAAACAAGUGAGGAAUUUUGCCUCGGACAUAAAUCCAAACAUAUGUAUACUUUGGAGUACAUUACUCAAUUUUUUGACACGUAUAAAGAACACCCGAAAUUUGGAUUUGGGUUCCAUCGUGAUCUGACCCAAAAACACAAUGAUCCAGCAAGUCACAUGGACCAAGAUUUUGCCGAAAUAUUACGAUAUUUACUCGAGAACAACCAUCUUAAUAAUACAAUGUUGAUAUUGAUGAGUGACCAUGGUGCCAGGUUUAAUGACGCAAAGGACACAAUUCAAGGUCGUUUGGAAGAGAGGCUCCCAAUGAUGACAAUAUCUUUACCUAAAUGGUUCAGGAAAGCCUACCCGAACCAGAUGAAUAUGUUAAAACAGAACAGCGAAGGGUUAACAACGCCAUAUGACAUAUUCGAGACACUCUAUGAUGUCAUAGAUACAUCAAGAUGGCGAAAGAAACCAACCUAUAAAGACCGUGGAAUAAGUCUUUUCAAACAUAUACCAUUCAACAGGACUUGUGCAUCUGCAGGUAUUGACCUCCAUUGGUGCUCAUGUCUUAUGUACGAAGAAGUUGCUGUUGAUGAUCCAACAGUGGAAGAAGCAUCCCUAGAAAUUAUUAAGAAAGUAAAUCUCCUCUCAAGGGAUCACCGUGAUGUCUGCUCUGAACAAAAACUUUACAAAACUCUGGAUGCCCAGCUUGUCGUCACAACAGAACUGUUGUUAAAAGAAUGGUCAACCUUAGAUCCUUACCAAAGAGUGGCAAACUUUAGCAACCAGCUUGACCUUGAACCCAAGACCUACCAGGUCACAGUACAGGCCCAACCUAGCAGUGCCAUCUAUGAAGCAACUUUGGAGGUCACCAGUGGUUUUCUGAGUGCAGGUUACAAAAUUAAGGGAGACAUAAGCCGACUUGAUCACCAUGGCGACCAGGGAAAAUGUACACAUGAACUAUUUCCAGAGUUAAGAAAAUUUUGCCAUUGUAGGACUUAAAUGUAACAGUAAAAACUGUGUUUGAUAAGACGAGGAUUUGAUUUGAAAAAUGCAGUAAUGUGAUAUGCUAAGCGUCUCACACCCCUCCUCUCUCCCCACACAAACACAGACACUCCCUCGAUCUUACUUGACACUCUAGUUAUGGAAACGUAUAAAAGUGAUAGGAGAGGUGGAGAUAUAUAUUUAUAUAUACAUGUAAGUGCCAAAAUAUUGCUAUCAAGCAAGAAGUACAUGUACAUGUGCAGUCAAUGUUUUGAACUAUAUACCGUUUCAAGUCGAAAAAACUGACAAUUUGGGUAUUUUACUAACUUUGAACAGCUCUAACUUUGCUCCUAGGGGGUUAGAGUCACUAUUUAUUCGCUAAAACAUGCCUAUUUCA